CCCGUCCGUGAUUGCGGGAUACGCCGUGUAGAAAAACGAGAGCCAACCUUUCUCUUCACAGCCGUUGGUGUGUCCGACUCAGUUUCUGGUCUCCGGCUUCUUCGUGGUUUCGAGCUCGACAGUUUGACCGCGGAGCUGAACAAACCAGAGACAUGUCUUCAUCACAGGCAUUUUCAGGUCAAGACCCAAACCAACACAAGCGUGUAUCUGUCAAGUCUAAUCCUGGAUUCCUUGAGCGACUAAGUGAAACUGCAGGGGGAACACUUUUUGGCGUCGGACUGUUUUUCGUCUCAAUUUAUGUUCUCUUUACCAAUGAGGGACGAGCUCUGCAAACUGCAUCUUCCCUGGACGAAGGUCUCUCUCAGGUUGUGUCGUUGGGGCCUUUCUUCAGCCUUGAGCUGCAGAACAACAACCGUUUAGUUCACCUGUCUGCACAGCUGCACACUUCGCAGCCCCUGCAUGACCCAAACCACAGAGUUGUGGUGCAGGCGGUGAAGCUGCAGAGGCAGGUGGAGAUGUAUCAGUGGGUGGAGUACCGGGAGAGCAAGGACUACCAGGAGGACGGUGAAACCAAAACUGAGACGACGUACAACUACAACACAGAGUGGAAGUCAGAGCUGGUCAACAGUCGUAAUUUCGAUAAGGAAAUUGGUCACCAGAACCCAAGUGCCAUGGCAGUUGAGAGUGUGACAGUCGUGGCUCCUGAGGUCAGAGUUGGGCCUUUCAUUCUGUCUAAAGGCCUGGUGGAGCAGAUUAAUAACUUCAAGACUCUGAGUUUGAGGGAUUUUCCUGCCUUAAACUUUGACACUUUCCUCACCAUUGAUGAUGAUUAUUUCUAUCACACUCAAUACCCGCGCAGGCCGGAGGUUGGGGAUGUGCGUGUGAGAUUCUCCUACGCUGGCCUGAGCGGUGAGACGUCUCCACUCGGUCCGGCUCAAACUGUCAGUAUUGUGGCCAUGCAGAGAGGGGAGCAGCUGGUACCUUUUAAAACCAAGUCAGGAGACACUCUGGAGAUCCUGUACCUGGAGGAGCUCUCUGCAGAGGACAUUUUUGUGAGAGAGAACCAGCACAACAGUAUGAAGACGUGGGGACUCAGGGCUGCGGGAUGGGCCCUCAUGUUCCUCAGUAUCCAGCUGACCAUGCGCAUCAUCUACACACUGGUGGACUGGGUUCCGAUUCUCAGAGAGCUGGUGUCCGUCGGGCUGAAGAUCUUCGCCUUGUGCAUCUCCUGCUCUCUGUCUCUUCUCACCAUCGGAUCAGGUUGGCUUUUUUACCGACCGCUAGUGGCAGCGGGUCUGGGAGCACUUGCUCUGCUUCCAGUGCUGCUCGCCCGCUCAGGACUUCCAGCCAAGAAGAACGAGUGACUAUUAAACUGAUGGAUUAUCACAGCACUUCCUGAUGCCUGACUGCAGCCACCCAUCAUCCUCAAACGUGUGAGAAAUGUUUUUUGCUCUAAUAAGACCAAUAAUAGUGAUUUAUCCAAUAUCCAGUUUUAAAAUGGAUUUGAACAUUUAAAUAUAAUUUACAGCGCUCACCAUUGCCACAGUGCUGUUGUUGUCCACUCACACACAAGUGGAAGCCGUUUGUUGUUGCCUUUUAGUUCUGUUAUCAGAUGUGGCCUUUCGGUAGUUCAUCCAUCCAUGUAAAAAUUCAGCAAUAAACUGCUGCUCAGUGAGCAACGUAGAAUCACUGUAGUCUCAUUUUUACUGUAAAUAUUAUUCACCAAAAACAAAACUGAGACUCAGUACACCAAGACAAACUAAGGCAGUGCUAUACAAGCCAUGUAAUAAGGAGGGUUAAAGUUUGAAGAGUAUAACAUUAUAAAUUAAAUCUAGGUAGGAUUUGUUGUAGGGUGGUUGGUGUUAAGACUGCGUUCAUUUUAAUUUGGUGUUCCAUAGUAAACUGCACAACUUCCUUAUGUAAGAUAUAUAAUCUUUAUAUAUCCCUUAGUUCCACUGUUCAUUGUGUAUCAUCAGGGGAAUUGUUCGUGAGGUAAAUUGUGAAUAAAAUUCACAUAUUCACUUGAAGCAAUUGAUGAUCAACCAUCUUGACGAAAAAAGAAAAAAAAAGACCAAUCUGUGUCAGGAUCAGUGAGAAUUUUCAAUUUGUUUCUUGCUUUUAUACAGCAGUUUUGUUAAAUAAAGCACUUUUGUGUUACAUCAACUUUAAA